UCAUCUUGCAUUGCAGUGUUAGUGUGGCUACUUUUGUAAGACAUGCCUGAUAGCGUGUUCUGAAUAACUUGGGCAGCUGAAGAACGAGUGUAUCUGCAAAGAUGAGUUUCAGCUGGGGCUUAUCUCUUCUGUUGAUUCAGCAUGUGGGUCUUCUAAAUGGUUUUUUGUGGAACAUUCAAGUGACCACCAAGGGUCCAACAUUGGACAAAGACAGUUCUGAUGGUGGAAUAACCCUUGAGGACCAGAACAUUGCUGAUGUAGGGUCAGACAUCAUAGAUGAAGCUAGAGGGAUCCAGGGAUCUGUGCAGAACUGGGACCAGAACCCAACUGUGAACUGGAAAAACUCUGCCACAGUGAAGACACCUGGCACCUCCUUGAAGCUUGGCCGUUCUAAAACGGAAGAGAGAGGCGUGUCCCUGCUGCAACUUAUUGGGAACCUUCCACCUGAAAAUAUCACUCGAGGUCAGGGCCCAAAUGGAAAAGCAUAUUACCUCUUCACAAACAACACCAACAUGGAGCAGUUGGCACUCACACACCUUCCCUCGCCCCUCUACCGAGACUUCUCUCUGGUCUUUCACUUGAAGCCCACUUCUGAAGAUGCUGGGGUCAUUUUCUCCAUCACUGACUCCAAUCAAAAUAUAAUGUAUGUGGGGGUUAAGCUCUCUGCAGUUGAGAAUGGCAAUAGGAAAGUCAUAUUUUAUUACACAGAGCCUGAUGCAGAAAAAUCUCAAGAGGUGGCCAGCUUUGAAGUGGCACACCAGCCUGAAGAGUGGAGCCGCUUCUCUCUGGCUGUCAAUCUAGGCCAGGUGCUUUUCUAUGAGGACUGUGAUUCUGAGCCUAAGGUAAAAACAUUGGAGCGCUCACCUGAUGACUUGGAGCUUGAGACAAACUCUAAGAUCUUCGUUGGACAAAGUGGAGCUGAUGAUCCAGACAAAUUUCAAGGUAUGAUCUCAGAGUUAAGGAUGGUCGGAAAGCCACAGGUUGCAGAGCAUCACUGUGAUGACUCUGACGAUGACGACUAUGAAGGUUCUGGAGACAACGGAAGUGGAAUCGAGGACAGCAUGAAUAUGCAAUAUAAUUUACCCCUACCCCCACAAGUUGUUCCAAACAAGUUGGACAUAGGUGCCCAACAAAGUGCGACAGGUUUUUCUGGUGCUAAAGGUGUGAGAGAAGAAAAAUGGAGACUCACCGGGCCAAAACAUGACUGGGCGACUUCCUCCAGCACAGAUGGAACUCAUGGAGAGAAGGGUGCUCGUGGAGAGAAAGGAAUGAAGGGAGAGAAAGGGGUAGGACAUCAAGGCCCUCAAGGUCUACCUGGGCCACCUGGACCUCCUGGACCCUCAAUUUCAGAGAGAACAACAUUUGUGGAUAUGGAGGGUUCUGGAUCAUCUCAGGGUUUAUGUUGUCCUGGUCCACCAGGGCCUCCUGGACCCCCUGGGCCACCAGGUCCAGAAUGGGAAAGUGGAUCAGAAUUUGAGCCCACUGAAAUUUCCCCAACUGGUCUACCUGGACAAAAUGUGUUCCGUGGACGUCCGGGGCCCCCGGGUCGACCUGGAAAACCUGGUCCUCCUGGUCCCCCAGGUCAAAAGGGAGACUGUGGGAAGCUAGACUCGUCUGGAGUUUCCGGGGAAAGACAAAGCUCCUCCAGUUGGUUUUUUACCAACUGGUUUCCAUCAUGGGAGACUAGUGAGGCACAGGGUCCAGAAGGCUCAUCAGGGAUGCCAGGCCAGGAAGGUCUGGUUGGGCUGCCUGGGCCCAUGGGUCCUCAGGGACAUCCAGGACCUCCUGGCCUCCCUGGACCUGCCUUCCAAAUUACUAGAGAUGGAAAUAAAACAGGGAUAGACCUUCAUUACAUUCCAGGAGCUGUGGGGCUACCAGGUCCACAGGGACCUCAGGGGAUACCUGGACUUCCGGGCAAACCUGGUUUACCAGGUAUCCCAGGCCAAAAAGGUGAUGAGGGACAACGAGGACGAGAAGGAAUACCUGGAUUAGAUGGCUUUCCAGGACAAAUAGGACUAAAAGGGGAGAGAGGGUGGAAAGGUGACCGAGGUGAGCCUGGUCGUAAAACAGGGCCUCCAGGACCACCAGGGCCACCAGGUCCCCCAGGAGAAGUGACCAAUGUUAAUGGCAGUAUGACACCUGGUUUGCCUGGUCAGGCAGGAUUUCCUGGACCAUUGGGUCCAAAAGGAGAUCAGGGGGAACCUGGCCUUCCAGGAGUCUCGAUUAAGGGUCAGAAAGGUGAACCUGGCCUGAUCUAUGACUCCACUCGUAGUCCCAUUUACACGGGGGGACCGACUGGACAGCUGGGUGAGCUAGGACCUCCAGGGCCAGUGGGACCUGCAGGACCAGCUGGGCCAAACGGACCAAAAGGAGAAAUAGGAAUUCCAGGCAGACCAGGUCGACCUGGUCUGAUUGGUAAAAAAGGCCAGAAAGGCGAUUCAGGUGGAGCAGAGGGAUACGCGUAUCAAGGACCCCCUGGUCCGCCUGGGCCACCUGGUCCACCUGGACUUCCAGGAAGAUUUCAUGGCUAUGAUGAUGUCAGCUCAAGAUUUCCCCAUGCUAUCAAAGGCGACAAAGGUGAAAGAGGGGCGCCUGGCAUCCCUGGUUUGCCAGGUCUCACAACCACAUUUGACAUUCAUGCAUUUAAGCAUGAGAUGAAAGGGGAACCUGGUUUUAAAGGAGAGAAGGGAGAACCAGGAGGAGGAUACUAUGAGCCUCAUUAUGGUGGAGUACAAGGUCCACCAGGAAGACCUGGACCUCCGGGCCCAAGAGGAGAAUCUAUUAGUGGACCUCCAGGUCCCCCAGGAUCUCCUGGAGCUCCAGGAACUGGCUAUGAGGGCCGCCCAGGUAGUCCCGGACCACCUGGUCCACCAGGACUUCCAGGAUCACUGCUACCAGGUGCAUAUGGAUCCUCACAAGCUAUCAGUGUUCCAGGGCCGCCUGGGCCACCUGGGCCUCCUGGACCUCCUGGACAACCUGUACAUUUAAGUGGGGUUACGGUCAUGAGGUCAGUUGAUACAAUGGCUGCAACAACCAUCCGGUAUCCAGAGGGCACCCUAAUUUAUGUAAAAGACAGCAAAGAACUUUAUUUAAGAAUACAUGAAGGUGUCAGAGAAGUCCUGCUUGGAGAAUAUACCCCUUUUCCCAAGGGUCUGGAUAAGAAGAUGGAAGUAGGGGGGCCUCCUCAAGUGGUUCUCUACCCUUCAGAUUACCCCACAGUGGCUCCACCACGAGCCCCUUACCCUCAACCCUACCCCAUGCCAUAUGAUCCCAGAUUUGGAUAUAAACCAAGCCAAAGGCCUGUCAUUCAGGAGAGAUUUCCAGCUCAUGUACACACCUCAGGGCGUGCGCUGCAUUUGGUUGCUCUGAACUCACCUCAGCGAGGAAACAUGCAGGGCAUUCGAGGUGUAGACCACCAGUGCUUCUUACAGGCCCGAGCCAUUGGGCUGAAAGGAACAUUCAGGGCUUUCCUGUCAUCCCAGUUACAGGAUCUAAACAGUAUUGUGCGAAAGAACGACAAGGAUCUGUUACCUAUAGUAAAUCUUAAAGAUGAGGAAUUAUUCAGCAACUGGGAGUCUAUCUUUGAGGACUCAGAGGGCAAGAUGUAUGAUGAUGCACGCAUCUACUCCUUUGAUGGUCAAGAUGUUCUUAACGAUGAUGCCUGGCCAGAAAAGAUGGUAUGGCAUGGAUCAAGCACUCAUGGACAAAGGCAGGCCGAGAGCUACUGUGAAACAUGGCGAGCAGAAAGUGAUGGAGUCACAGGCAUGGCUUCCUCUCUUCAAGAAGGGUAUCUACUUCAGCAACUACCCCGUCGCUGCACCAGCUCAUACAUUGUACUGUGCAUUGAGAACAGCUACAUUGCUGACUGAACCAAAACGAGCGCAAAACUUAAAUUUGUCACAAACUGAAACUUUUUUGAGUGUGACUGGUGGUGCUUUAUAGUCCUGUUGGAUAGAAACUUACUGGUUAUAAAAUUUAUUUUUAUCUACUCAGUUUUCUUGUUUUUAAAUACAUUUGGCCAAAAUCUUGUUAUAAAUAGAGUGCUUGGCAAUGGUGGUUUUAUAUAAUAUUGCCUAUGAAACAGAAAACGCAAGAACAAGACUAUUUUUUUAUGUUCCUUUAAUUCAAAAAAACUAACCCCAACUACUUUGCAGUAAACCUGACAACACAUUGUCGAAAAUACUUGAUCUGUUUGGGGUGGGUUCACAAUUUUUUUAAAACAAAUGUAUGUACUAUUGUAUUUCAACACAUAACAUACUCAGGCAAAAACGUCAAAAAAGCUUGUUUCUAAAUGAAUGUUUGCUUGUGCCUUAAAAAGGUAUCGCCAAAAACGAAUUACAUGAAAAAAAAUGUUACUAAAUAAUUCUGUUUUAACUACUUUUUUGUUAUUACCAUUUUUAUUCAUAUUUGUAUGUGAAAGAUUUUGUUAGCCUAUGUUAUCUUUCUUUUAUACUUCGUCACUCAAUCACAUCAGACAUUCCAUGAUUGCAGUGCAAAUGACUGGUUGACUUUCCAUAGAAAGAUGACCUAAAAAAUAGGUAAAUCCUUUUUAUGUUAUUUAUUUUGAGGUUUACUUUUUACAUGUAACCUGAAUAUUGUUUUUGCUCUGCAUUCUACAGUGUAAAUGUGACAACUAAAAUCACUCUUAUUUUUACUGUAUUUUUAAUGACACAUUAAUAAAACAUACAAUCUA